GCCACAGUUCGUCUUUGCGAUGCAACAUUUGUUGGACUUUGCCGCCAACCAGCAAGAGACUAUUCCCCGUGGCUGUAUAUUAUGCCGGACUAUCGUGUCCGAUUCGCGCCCGUGAGACACCCUCGUACACACCAUCACCUGGACGCUGCCUCCAACCAAGCCGCCGCUCAUCCUGCCGACCAAAAGCUGCAGCGGAGUCGCUCCGGCUGUUCGCAAUGCAGGUCGCACAAAGUGAAAUGCGAUGAGACUUUUCCGGUCUGUGUGCGUUGCCUGAAGCGCGGUUUGCUUUGCAGAUUAUCUCCCCGUUUACAGCGAUGGCAGGUCGAGACGCGCUGGGUGUCGUCGCCCUUGGGAACACUCGUGAAGCCACGUCUCCUGCAGUACUGGGUGGAAAAGGCCUGCCAAAUGUUGGUUAUCGACCCUGAGAAUAACCCGUACUCUUUCCCGAUUCUCGACUAUCUGACCAGGGCACCGUCGCUGGUGCAUAUGAUUCAAUCCCUGAGUGCAGCCCACCAAGAGUAUUUCCCCGCGAAUGGCCCUAUCAUGAGCCUAGAGGAAAGAGGACGCGCUCUUCAGCUGCUUCAACGGGAGCUGGCCCAAACGAAGUAUUUGGAAGCGUCGUUUCUGACAGUCCAGCUGCUCGGGCUCUCGCAAUGGGCAGAUCCAGACCCUAGAGACUUUGGCCAGCAGCACCUGUUCGCGGCGCGUCAUAUUCUCGACCAUCUCCUGUUGAACUAUUGGGACGACCUUGCCCACCCUGGUAGCAGUGAGUUGUUUUCAAUAUCCGUUGGCUCGUUUCUGUAUUGGGACAUGUGCUGCGCCCAUCUAGUGGAUGCCCAAGAACAGCGACCUCUGGACACAACUUUGAUGGCACAGGCUGUUCAUACUUUGCGGAACAAGGACCAUCCUACAUACGGGCCGGCAACGGAGUUGAUCUACCUUCUAGCUCAAGUGGGUCGUCACUGCCGAAGUGAUAUCCAACUUGGACGCCAUAGCGACGCCACAGCGAGAUCCCUCGAACAACAACUCCGGGACUUCCAAGCGCCACAAAACAAUGGCUCAUUAGCGCUACUCCAUGAUUCAUUGCAAAAGCAUGGCCUUAUAAUCCUCCGUCGCAGCGCCUCCACGUCCAGGAGAAAGCUCAAAGAUGAAGAGAAUGAUGAAUUACACAGCUGGGCUGUUGGAAUCACUCAAAGUCUAUCACAACUUCCUUUGACCUCUACUCUACUGAAUAUUCAAAGUCUUCCGCUUCUCACAGCAGGAUCAGAACUGCGCUCCAGUGACACGGAGCUACGAGAGAUAAUAUUAACUCGCUUCAAAGCUAUAUAUUCUAUGAAUCGAGUGCCCUCUACGCUCCAGGCAAUGACACUGCUCAAGGAGGUCUGGGCCAUCUGUGAUUCUGGGAUUCAACUAAGCUGGAUCGAAUAUAUGAUUUUACACAAGAAAUGGCGUCUGGUGUUGGGAUGAAUUAAUGGGCUAUUGGCCGAAGAAUGGCUCACCAUUACACCUUCCCACAAAUGGUCGAUUGGUAUGUGCAGAGGUCAUUGUUGCAGACGGUCUUGUUCACAGAUACUUCUCAUUCCAGCGGAGUAGAAUUCUCGGCCUCGUGAUACCAAGCAACAGGCUGAUGCAUAUAUAGAGGAGCUGGCAGCCUGUAUCUAGUCAGCAUUACGGUUAAUUAUUAUAUAAUUUGUAUAUACAUUGA